AUGAGAGAUCGCUAUCUAAGCUCAAACUGGAACAAGGCUGCAUCUCAAACGAGCUGUGCUCUUCCUAUCUGUGUCUUGUAUAGAAUACGUGGCUCGAGAAAUACAUGUUACCAAGUACCUCUUCUAUAUAAACAUGAGUGGAACCCACCUAACAACCACUACCGUCUGAUCUUAGUGAUCCACCGACCUGCAAAGAUAAACACGUGCAUGCACAUGUUUGUUUUGAGGAUCGAGGCUGUCCAAUCUCAGCUCGGGAAGGACGUUUACCAGCCAAUCAACCGCGGAAACUGGGAUGAGCUUAAAGGAUGCACCGAGGAGGCACUUGGCGAAUUAGGGAAGUUGUUUCAACUUAGCGCUCUCAGGUCAGGAAACGUUUUUGAGGAAGAGAUAGCCUGGUCGCUUUUGAGGAUCGUCACCGCGAAACUGCCUAUUCCCGACGAAUCGCAAUCUCGCCCGUCCGCCUGA